GUCUCGAUCCAGUUCUAUCGGAUGUCUUCCCUGUCUAAUAUAUUGUAAUCCAAAACCAAGACAAAAUUAUCUCGAUACCGAAAAAAUGAAACAAAAUCAGAAGCCUGAUCUGAUCAGCUCCUUGCCAACCGAGAUCCUUCGCCGGAUCACGUGGUUUCUCCCUCUCAGGGAAGCUCUCCGAACGUCGACUCUCAGCUCAUCUUGGAAGGAUCUCUGGGCACCUGUCCCCGUGAACUUCGAAACUGAGGAUGGCCACUUGAUCGAAAAGGCCACUGCCCAAGCGAUCGUGGACAGGUUUAUCUCGUCUUGCAACUGUUCUGAAAUCCGGAAACUGUGCUUCAGCUGCCCUGGGAAUGAUCAGGAGCUGGUCAUGGUAAAGGGAGGAGCAGAUAAAGAGCUUUAUUUACAGUUUUUCCAGUUCAAUAAGGAAGACACAACACUUGCCAGGAAGGAGUACAAUCUGGUAUUGGAAUUGGGCCCGGAUUGGAGAAGCCUCGACGAGUUCCGUUCUCUCAGGAUUCUUCACCUGAGGUCGGUUAUGUUCGAAUCGAAGGACUUACUCUCGGCACUCUUCUCGAACCUCGAGCGUUUGGAGAGCUUAGAGGUUGUAGAUUGUCGCGGGCUGCAAUUCCUAGAGGUCAAGGACAGCUGUAAGCAUCUCAGGAGCUUGAAGAUCAAGGGCUGCUCCGACAUUGAAGAGGUUAAGCUUUCGACUCCGAACCUGAGAGCAUUCUCCUACUCAGGUCGCCUCCCUAGGAUCGAGAUGAAGAUUGGCCAGAGCUUGGUGGAGGUGAGGCUUGAUCUGACAGAUGGGUUGUGUCCUAACGGUGAGUUCGACUGUGAGGAAGUGUUGUCUCUAUUAGAAUCCGUCAAAGAGGUUGAAGUUCUAACCAUCAGCGGUUGGCUUCUUCGGUGGCUCUGCUCGGCAGGAGUGAUAUUCGGAAGGCUAGAGUUCUGUUUUGGGAAGUUAAAAGAACUGCAGUGGGUCGAUGCCACAUUCGACUGCCCGAAGAAAGAUUCUCUUAGUUGCUUCUUAAACAUGAGCCCUGUCUUGGAAAAUUUGCAUAUCGAAAUUGAUCUGAGUAGGAGUUCGGUUGAGCCGCCCUAUUUUCAUCAGUACUGGCACGAGCCUCACCUUUGGAUGGACUGUACGGCUGUGACGUCCGGUGUUAAGGCCCUCAAAAGCUUGAAGAAGGUAGAGUUUGUGGGCUUCACGGGCGAAGAGGAUCAUUCGACAUUCAUCGACCUUCUAGUAGAAAAUGCAAGUGCACUCGAGUCAAUGAUCAUCAUGUAAUCAAAAGACAUGAUUUGUUCGGGUUCCUGGAGUUGAUAAUUAAUUAUUGUUCCUGAUCAUGCAAGCACUAAUGUACUUCUGCAGAAUAGAGCAUAAUCAUGCUUGCCGAGCUUUACGGCAUUGACUGCGUCUA